CCUACCGACGGAGCUGUCUCUUGGUCGCUCUGCUUUGAAGGGAGCUCCGGGGCGUGAUUUCCGGAGAUUAGAGGACACAUGAUCUUCGGCAGUAGGUUUGCAACUCUGCGGAGUUCGGGCAGCAAACUGUUUGGCGCAAUGACCAGGUCGUUUUCCGCAGUGCCGCAGUGUGUUGGAGAAGGCGAACGGCUGCGGGUCCUGGUCGACAUGGACGGAGUGCUAGCUGACUUUGAGGGUGGAUUCCUGAAAAAGUACAAGAGCACGUAUCCCGGGGAGCCGUUCAUAGAGCUGGCGGAUCGCAGAGGUUUCUGGGUUUCGACACAGUAUGGAGAGAUUCAGCCCGAUCUGUGUGAGAAAACAAAAAGUAUCUGGGAGUCCAAGAACUUCUUCAUUGAACUUGAUCCGCUUCCUGGUGCAGUAGAGGCGGUGAAAGAGAUGGCCAACAUGAAAAACACUGACGUGUUCAUUUGCACCAGCCCCAUAAAGAAGUACGAUCACUGUCCCUUUGAAAAAUACGCCUGGGUUGAGAAACAUCUUGGGAAAGAGUUUCUGGAGCUGAUGGUCCUAGCACAGGAUAAAACAUUGAUAUCAGGCAGCUUGCUGAUAGAUGACAAACCGGAUAUCUCAGGUGUGGAACCUUACCCGACGUGGGAGCACAUUCUUUUCUCAGCCUGUCAUAAUAUGCAUCUGCAACUGAGAGCCCCACAGAGGCGGCUGCACUCUUGGGCAGAUGAUUGGAAGCUAAUCCUGGACAGCAAACGGCAGUGAUGCCCGACAUGUGGCCUCAGAUGGUUUCAGUUGCCACCGAACAAUGAGACCCAGAUAGAUGCCUGACGCAGAGUUCCUACACGCAGUAGCAUGUGUUGAUCGUUUAGCAACAGUGAAGGUUAUUUGGAUUGCAAAUACACACAAAGUUCUUGCAUCUGUGUUUUUCAGGACGUUUUGGAGGGACAGGUUUGGAGUACUUUUUAAUCAACUGUGUAGUAAACAGGAGAUCACACAGCGUAUAGACAUACAGGUAUACUAGCGAUUUCCUGGCAUGCUAGGUUCCAGAGCCUUGCCGGAUUAUCGAUUUUGCCGGACCAACAGUGGUCACGUAAUAAUAAUUUAACUAUACACCUCUGACCCAUUAAUUAUAUCCCUUCCGUGUCUCUAAAGCAUGGAAACUGCUAGAAACUUAAAUUAAAAAAUAACGAUUAACAAAGAAGUAAACAAUGAACACUUUCAGGACGGAGGCACCUGAGCCACACUCAAUGCUCUCAUAAUAUUAUCCGGAUUAAAGGAGGUGCC